CUAUUAUGACAUCACAACCAAUUCCAUCGGGUUGCGCUUGACAGCGUUCGAUCGAACAGAACAAGUCAGAAGCGAGAAGGCAGGGCUCACAAAAUUCCGCUGUUCCGUCUGCGCACCAUCACGGCCACAACAACAUACCUGUGCACACUCCGUCCUCACCGGGAGGAGGGCUUUAGUAGCUGUUGAUAUAUGUUGGAACAGACUGUAGACCGAGAGAUUCUGAUCUGACGAGCGAGUCCUCAACAUACCGUCCCCGGUUCACUCCGCAAAGUUAAUUUAUUAUAAAGUUUUGAGGAUUUCUUUGUCAACUACCCGGACUGCCCUGGAUUUCAAGAGCGAAAUGAGUUACUUCACGAUGAUAAACUGUUGCCUGAUUCUUGGCGCGUGUCUCCUGUCCAGCCAAGUGGUCUGGAGUCAGCGUGUGCGUGUGGAAUAUGAGGUCACGGCAUAUCCGAAUGGGUCUGUCAAUCUACGCUGUGAGUUCACCAACAGCGGAAGCACCAAACUCACACAGGUCUCGUGGAUGUUUGAGCGUAAUGAAGGUGAUAGACACAACAUUGCUGUGUUCCACCCCACGUAUGGAGCGAGUUUCCCUAAUAAAGACUUUGAAGGGCGAGUUAAGUUCACGCAAGGUUCCCUGGAGAACCCCUCCAUAAGAAUCGACAAUCUGAGGAUGACUGACGCAGGCAGGUAUAUCUGCGAGUAUGCCACUUACCCCAGUGGAAACGAACAGGGAACCACCACUCUUAUCAUGCUGGCCAAACCCAGAAACUCUGCUGCCCCAGUCCCAGUGCAGGCCGGCUCUUCUGAAGUAGUCGUGGCACGUUGCAUGGCGGCCCAAGGAAAACCUGAGGCAUCUAUCUCCUGGAUUACAAGCUUAGCUGGCCGCUAUAACCACACUUCAGUGCCUGAGAGCGAUGGCACUGUGACUGUCAAGAGCGAGUAUCGGAUUGUCCCGACUCCUGUGGAAAACGGGAAAGACAUCACCUGUGUGGUCGAUCAGAGGACGCAGUCUGCAUCUCAAAGCUUCCCAAUGAGGCUGGUGGUGGAGUACCCCCCCACUGUGACGAUAGAAGGAUAUGAUGACAACUGGUAUAUGGGUCGGAAAGAUGCCGUUCUGAUCUGCCAAGCCGACGCAAAUCCAGCACCCACUGAUGUUACCUGGACAGCCAUAUCGGGUCAAUUGCCGGCUACAGUACAGGUGGACCAGAACCGGCUGUUGGUGAGGAAUGUGGACGAAACGGUGAACACCACAUUUGUGUGCGAGGUGAAGAACAGCCUGGGUUCUGGCAGGAAAGAGCUUGCCGCCACAGUCAUUGAAUCAACAGAAGACCCUUCCAGUGCAGGCAUUGUGGCGGGUGGCAUUCUGGGCAUCCUCUUGGCCCUCGUAUUGGUCAGUGCAUUGGUGACCGUGUUGGUGAUGCGCAGUCAUCGCCGACAGCAAGGGUAUUCAGGCGACAGCGAGCAGGGAGGUUAUGGCAACAAACCCCGUCUUUUUGGAGGCAAGAAGACAAGCAAGAAUGGCACAGGGGCCAACAACAAUGGACCAAUCUACACAUACCGUGAGAGUGAGCCAGGAACCCUGACGGAAAAAUGCAGUGAAUUCCCACACUUGACCACCAGCACACCAACUGCCCAUGACAUCCUGCUGAGCAGUGAGCUAAAUGAGGCAGAGCGCAGGAAGUUUGAUGCCUUCAACGACAGCAUAGAGGAAGAAGAAGAGGACGAGAGUUAUGAUCGUUUUGGCGGACUGCCACCCAGCUAUCAAAUACAUCGACACGAGGACGAGUGCGCACCUUACCUUGACGACGACAUGGAGUCCCAGCGAGAUGGGUCCAUUAUCUCUCGGACUGCCAUUUAUGUCUAAAGGAGACAAACAGCGAGUGAUGAAGGCUGAUAUAAAUAUAAUACGGCUGACUGAUAUUUACUUGACCUAAACUUGACCUUUUAAACAAAGAGACAGAGAUUAAUGUUCUGAGGAAACAUGCCAUCUAAAAAGAUUAGAGCAGUGGAACCAGGGUGGUUUGUGCUACUUCUGUGGACAAAAGCACUCAAAAUCAUUACUUUAUGUAUUGUUAAUGCUGCUCACCUCACAAUGGGUAGUUUAGGAAAGAAGUGACACAAAAGACCGCAAGUAUAAAUUGUGAGAGAUUGUGAUUGUUGUGUAACUGUAACCUCUUGUUAAUGCCCAUUCUUGCAGGAAUUCAGCUUUCUGUGGUUCCGUCACUGCAUUGAGCACAAAACUUAAGUAAGCCCUUUUGAAGUGGCUAGAAAGCCUCGUGAUUAUCCAUAGAGUGUUCUCAAUACUAUGUCACGCUGAUUAUGUCAUCCAUAUGGAUGUUCCAAGUGGCUCAACAAUUCACCAAACAACUAUGACCCAGAAGCCAAGACUGUUCUAAAUAGUUUCCUGUCGAUUUGCUGGGAACAUUGUCUUUGAAAACAGCUGGAUUUUUUGUUAGCUAAAAAAGCAGACAGUGCACUGAUUAUUUCAGCAUCUGGGUUGUUCAAUGUGGUGCUGAUCAUCUCCGGCUGUGAAGACCUUCAAUCAACACUUUUAACUUUCUCCCCUCCAAACGCAAUCCAUUUUUAAGCUCUCGUUCAUUAAUUGUCUUGAUACAGUGAAGGAAUUUUCUGAAUGACUUCAGGAGUUCUAAACUGAGGUGUAAUAAUGUUUUUCCCUCCCUGUACUCUCCUGUCAGCCUCUGCAGAACAGUGUGUUCUGGACGAUAUUUAAUUCAGAAGGCGGAAAAAGUGUUGUGCGCCUGACGUGUGCAUCCUAAGCUUAUGCGCUAAGCAUCCUUUUCCUGAUUAAUCCAGUUACAUCAAAACCAUAUAAUAAAACAGCUAAAAUUGCAGAGAGAGGCUGCUCGUAUGAGCAAACAAAACACCCACAGCAUGACUUCAACCCUCGCUAAAAGCCCUCACUGCUUUCCAACAGAAACUUGUCGAAGUACGUGGGAUGAACCUAACUGUUUUGGGAAAAGCAGGAAUCCUUUGACAUCUUCACUAGAAACAGAUUAAGCUGAUUGAAAGGAAUUGCUGCUUGGUGGCGAAGGCGACUGACGUGCUUUUGAGAGAGAGAUUAUUCGACUGCGGACUGCGGAUGGACUGUGGCGGGGAGCAUUUAGCCAGGCAGCAUAUGCUGCCAAGGUUCAACAGAGUCCACAGUUUUGAAUAGCUGCCAGCUGUGAAAAAAGGUUAAGGGGCAGACCGCACUUACCAUAUGUUCGGCUGCAAGAUUAGGCCACUCGCUUUACAAACCGUAGUCCUCUAGAACUGUUCAGCAGUUUGUUUUGAAGCCUUGCACAUAAGCCAACUUUUACCAAAAUGGCAUUUCAGAAAGUUUGUUGAUGUUUACAGUUAUAAACUAUGUGUGUGUAACCUUACAAAAUGUGAGUGCAUUCCAAAUGUGCAUCCAUUUGUCUGCUGUGCUCAUUGAGCGCAUGUUUUGCAUAAUAUCAUGCAGCUUGUAUGGGUGCUUUAGCAAUGCUUUGAAUUACUUUAGUCAUUCAUCCUUGGUUUCACAGCGUCGAGCCUUCAGUGGAGGAAGGUUAGGCUGAUAAUGACAAAGAAUCCUCGCGCUGCAACACACACUCCAAUGCGAUACUACCCAGACAGUAUUCUGCAUCCAGCAGAGAAGAUAUACAAUGAGUAAUUUGGAGAUUAUACUAUCUGGACCCGGUGACUGGAAAGGCGGUAGUUACUAUAGCCAACAGAGAUGUUCACCCACGCUACAGAAUUGCAAGGCUGUUCAUUUUUCCCCCUCGCUAAUAAGUUGCAUCACUGAGCUAAAAAAUAAGGAUGAGAAAGCUACUUUCCAAGAGCUCCUCAGGCCUUGAAAUGCUCAAGAUAAUGCCGACAACAAAGCCAAGAUUUGGAGAGAGAAAAAGGGGGACUUACUGCAUAAAUGAAUAGUGUGUUGUUUGCAGAUGCAAAUGUUUUAACUUCAACAAACAUUUUAGUUUGAAUCAGCGGCAUAAAGACUCUUGCAUUCAGCAAGGCCUGCGGUGUAUCUGUGGUGUAUUUUUAUUUGGGUUAUGGCUAUACUAAGGUGAAGGUUGUGAACAUUUGAUUUUGAAAUGCUUUUAGAGACACUGAAAGAGCAAUGUUGCCAAAUCGAAAUUUCACAAUUCUUAGUAUUAACAUUCAGUUGCAACUUUGGAACUUUUGUUGAAUUUUUCUGAAUGUUAAGGAUAACAAUGUUGAUACAAUGUUAUCAUUCGCACAAUCCCAAGGCUACACAAUAAUUAACCAUCAGUAUACCAGUUACCAAGUAAUGUUUGGUGAUUAAAGAUCCCAUCUAUUGUACCCAUAUGUGCACAAUAUUAUAAAAACGUUUAUUUUGAUAACUCUCAAGAGUUGAUCUAAGUGCCUUCUGGGAUGUGUUCCUAUAUUUUAUAAAUUACUGCCAGACUUAAAAAUUGCAAUCAAACGUAAAAUACAUAAACAAUAUUAAGGAGAGAGGAAAAACACAAUUGCUUAAGCAAUGGCAAAUUGCCCAGCACGAUGUUCCUUAAUUGCUCUGUAUUAAGGUGCAAGACAUUAUAAACUGUGGAUGACUUCCUUUGCUGAUUUUAACUUGUUAUUCACUCCAAAUGUUAUGUUGUCAAGUUGUAAUACUAUAUCUGUGUCCAAACCCUAGUGAGCUACCUACCUAGACAGCACUACACCGAGCUCAGUCAAAAACCAAAAAAACCAAGAUGGUGGAUGAGUCAAGAGAAAUGUUGUUUGUAAAUAUUCUUUUUUAGUACUGUGAAGUAUCGAUGAAAAUAGUUCAGUCUAUUUACAAAAAGUACUAUUUUAUUCAGAAUUUGUGUGUAGUGUAUUUGUAUGCUUAUUCAAGUAUCACACAUUUAGCUUAGCAACAUACUCAAACUCUUUUGGAAUUAAUUGUAGUCUCCUGUGCGCUACUAUACUAGAAAUGCUAUUUGUGAGUUGCUACCUUUGCAGAGCGUACUAAAAAUGGUUAAAAUGGUUCAAUUUCAGCUGGGAUGCUGCCUCAGAAGCUAGCUGCCUAUGUAGGCUCACUUGGUAUUGGAACAGAGCUUCUGUUUAUUAAGAACACUCGAACAGAACACUGUUGCCUAGAGUCAAACCUAGAGAGCCAAUCAUGGCUCAUGUCUUGUUUCUGUAUGUAAAUAAUGCCAUUCAAAACAAAAUGUCCACAGUUUAAUAUCACAUCAUAUAACUGCUGUACUACUAUAAGUCUUUCUAUAAAAAUGUGUGAGAACGAUUAAUACUCUUUCAUUUGGGGGGUCUGGAUAGCUCAGUGGUAAAGACACUGGCUACCACCCCUGGAGUUCACUAGUUCAAAUCCCAGGGCGUGCUGAGUGACUCCAGCCAGGUCUUCUAAGCAACCAAAUUGGCCCAGUUGCUAGGGAGGGUAGAGUCACAUGGGGUAAACUCCUCGUGGUCACUAUAAUGUGGUUCGUUCUCAGUGGGGCGUGUGGUGAGUUGAGCGUGGUUGCUGCGGUGGAUGGCAUGAAGCCUCCACACGUGCUAUGUCUCCGUGGCGCAUGAUAAGAUGCGCGGGUUGACGAUCUCAGAUGCGGAAGCAACUGGGAUUCGUAGUCCGCCACCCGGACUGAGGCGAAUCACUACGCAACCAUGAGAACUUAAAAGCACAUUGGGAAUUGGGCAUUCCAAAUUGGGAGAAAAAGGGGAAAAAAUCCCCCACCCCCCAAAAAUACUGUUUCGUUUGUUUAACUGUUUAUUUCAUUAUUGCUAAUAAUAACUAGGUGUUGAUGGUGUGUAUCUUAACGUGACAUGUCCCGUGUUUGAUACAUACAUACAUAUAUAUAUAUAUAUAUAUAUAUACUGUAUAUGUAUGUGCUGUAUGUAUUUAUCAUCCAAAAAAUCCAGUAUGAAAAAAAAAGAUAUUUAUCGGUACUGUAUAAUAACAGAUGUAGUGGUUGAAUAUGACCAACAACAAAUAUAAGUGCAGAUGUAGUAUACUAGCCCAGAGUAGUCUAAAAUAACCUCAGCUGCCUUUACGCAAGUGAUUUUCUUCAGUCGGGUGGGAGUACUGCGAAUUUAGCAGAUGUAGCCUAUCAGACGCACACUAGUUAGGAACUGACACACGGCCUGUAAUGAAAGUACAUUACAGAUUAAAAUUCGCACAAAGUUUAUGCACUGACACACUCCCACCCCUCAACAUGUCAUCAACACUAAACAAAAACACACAUUUGACUGUAACACACAUUUCUGAAUUUCAAGAAAGCUGUUCAGAAUAUGUCAUAUUUCAUCCCCCCCCCCCAAAAAAAAGAAAUUAGAAAUUAUAUUUUUCUUAAAGAAAAUAAGGCCUAUUUUAGGGGCAAUUAAGAUGUUUUGCUUUGUGACAUUAUUUUAUAUUGAGAAUGAGAUAAAAUCUCAUAAUAAUGGCAAUUACAAAGUAAAACAUCUGGACACAUUACAGUAAUGAGACUUUGGGGUAAAAAUGCCAUUAAAAAAAUCAUAAUGGUUCUAAAAUGGGCUUUAUUUUCUUCAUGCAAAAUACAAUUUUUCAUUUUAAUCGUUUCAUUUAGGGGUGAAAUGUGGACCAUAUUUUUGUGAGAUACACCCUUAAUGCAACCCUGCACACACUGUGGAUGCCAAGGAUUUGAUCUCCACAGUUAAAAGUGACUUGAGUACCUAUUACACUGAUGUACAACAGUAUCAUCCUAUUUCUUACAAGACAAGAUUUCUUCAUUCCUCACUGGUCAUGGGGUCUUUAUAACCCUGAAAGAUUCUACAUGAAGAAGGAACCGCUGGGCAACUAAUCCUCUCUGAAAAUCGUGCCUCAACGGGCGAAACACUGCCGGGUUAAAAACCAAUGUUUCUGAGAUGCCAUUACACAUUAGCCUGUCCGCAACCACUACUUAUAUUUUUUGAAAGCAGAAAUGGGUUAUGGGAUUCCCAGUUUACAUCUGCCUCUAGUCCCAAAGCAACAAAGAGCCAUUAGGCAAAAUUGCGAUUCCACACAUGGUAUUUUUAUGCACUCUUCCCUCUCAUCAGCUUCUUGUGAAUACUAUUAAUAAAUAAGAGAACUAGCAAACGCAUUACUAAUUGAUGUGCACCCUGAAUUACCUCCACAACAUUCAGUUGUUUUGCGUUUUGCUUGCUGCUUUUUUGUUUUUGUUGUGUACAAUAUAUGGUUUAUCUAUAUAAAGUUUUUCCACACAUUUAAGGUAACAAACUCUAACAUGUAUGGUGUGUUUAUUUGGAGGCAGAAAAAACAGUGUAUAUACCAAGCCCCAAUUUUGUCCUGUCACAUUAUUUUUGUAUUCUGGUUGUAAUUAAAACCU